UUAUCGUUCUUAAAUAGUUUUUCUUCUUUUCAGGUAUUAUUAGCAUACGUCCUCACAUAUCUUCACUAUGCAACAGCAGAAGAGACUGUUCUAUCAACAGUUUUAACUCCAGACGUUUCUAAAGACAAACUAAACCGACAGAGCAGGAGUUACUAUGACUACAGAUAUGGCGUCCCAAGACCCUACGACAGGCUAGAGUACGCCAGGUUCGAGUACGACAGGCCACGGUGCGGCCGGUGCGACGAGAGGAGGGACGACCGAGACGAUAGAGACGACGACUACGACAGACGCGACUCACGUGACCGAUACGAUGACGACAGACGCGGCCACAGACCAACCUACGGCAACAGGUACGACAAGAAGAACUACGAUAGCGAUGAAGAUCGAUACUCUGACCGAAAGAGUGGACAAAAGAACAGCACUGAAGAAGAAAAUGGAGAUAAGAACAAUUCUUACGACGACAAAGACAACAGGAAGGGUGGAAGUCGAAGAGGAGGAGAUCGAGACAGAGAUAGAGACCGUGAGAGGGACAGAGACCGCGAUAGGAAGAGGGGAGGAGAUCGGUAUGAUGACAGAGACCGCUAUAGGCCCGACUACUACGACAGAUUCUUACGUACUCCCUACAGAGAACGAGAUUAUUACGACGAUUUGUAUCGAGACAGAAGACCUCUGUACGAUAGGUAUUAUGGGUACGAUGAAGGGGCGAGCAGAUAUGACCCGUACGCGUACCCUGCGUAUCGGAGACCAGCAUACGAUGGUUAUGAUGACGGGUAUGGCGGUUACGGACCCAGUGCUGGCAGGGGACCGCAUGACAGUUUCAGGCCGUGGGACGAGACGUACCGUGGUCAGGCAGGGUGGGACGCGGGCGGCCGAGGAUACUACUUCGCGUCAGGGAGACCUGAUGCCGCAUCCUCAUGGGGACGCCCUGAAUAUGCUAGACCACAGGAGAGCGCUUACCAGGGCAAUGGCUACUCCUCUGGCUACGCUGGCUACCGCGACCCCUACGCGCAGGGAACCAGCGGCUACAGCCAAGGCGCCGGCUAUGGGCAAGCCGGGGCAAGUUAUGGGCAGGGUGGGGCAAGCUAUGGGCAGGGAGCUGGGUACGGCGGCCAGGCUGCGGCGUAUGGACAGAGCUUUGCUGGGUAUGGGCAGGGCAGCAGUGGAUAUGGCCAGGGAGGCGGGUGGCACAGUGUUGGGGAGAGGAGACCGUAUAGAGAUGAAAGCGGCGUUAAGAAGCUAGACAGCCGUGACCAGGGCUCCAGGAACCAGAACAGCUACGAGCAGACGAGCCGGCAGCCAGCCAGCUUCGGCCAGACCGCCAACUACCAGAGCGGGUACCAGGCGUACAGCAGCAGCACCACCCCGGCUACCAGCUACCUGUUCCAGAGGGAUGAUGAGCAGGUCACCAUCAAGGUCGAUGACACCACCAAACAGCCCUAGAUUACGUAUUGUAUUAUUUUACGGUUGACUUGUGUUCAGAACUUUAGAGGCUAUUCUAUAUAGAGGCUUGUCAGAUAGUUGAUAGAUGCCUACUAAUGCCAU